UCAGUUUCAUUUAUUGAGCAUCAAUCAAUCAAACGAAUCUCAAAAAUCAUUAGUUGAAUUUGUGUUUUUCCAAAAUCCCAGGUCGAUUUUCCCAUCAUGCUGUUGCUGUGGUAUGUGUUUGUCUUAAUUAUCACAACGGGCAUGAUGGUUGUGGGUUUUCUACUUGUGACCUCCGAAAACUUUCAAGACUUCAAGGAAUGUUGGGGCAAAAGAGCACCACGAAUCACGGAAUUACCUAUUAUAACACCUACUGGACAGAUCGUUAAUUCCGUGGAAGAUCUAGACAUGCAGCUUGAAUUUUUGGAAAAUCAGUUAGAAGAAAAAGAGAAAGAAGUAGAAUCUUCCAAAUCGAAGCUAGAAGCUGCUGCUGAGCGUUUGGAAAAAUUGGGCGAUACCACAAACCAGGUCAAAAAAUAUUACGUUAAGCUGAAAACUGACGUCGCAAAGUCUGAAACGGAGAUUAACGAGCUGCGCAACCAAAUUGACGAUUUCAAGAUGAGACAACUUCGUCUAAGAGAAGAAGUGAACGAAAAUGUGAAGUACUACACAGGGAUGCUCAACAACAUUGAACAUACUGUAGCAAAUGACGAAUUCGAAAUUGUGAAAAGAUCUUUACUUUCAGAUGUCGACUCGUUCUAAGGACUGUUUAGAAGAACAACAAGAUUCAAAAACAUUUAAACUCAUAAAGCCACAUUUCUGAUAGACGUGGACGGUGUACAGGGCCGAUUACUAUAUUGUUCACAUUUACUAAAGAUCAAAUAAACACUUACCUUGA